AUGACGACAUCAGAGAUUACAGUGAAAGAAUUACUUAUUUAUCCAAUAAAAUCUUGUGGUGCUAUUAAAGUUAAUGAAGCACAAACAACUCGUUAUGGUCUUUCACUUACAUCAAAUCCUUUACUCUCCGAUCGACGAUGGAUGGUAAUAGAAGGAGCUCGACAACGAAAUCAGCGUCAUAUGCCUCGAAUGGCAUUAAUUCAACCAACAUUUACUUCAUCAGGUCUUCAAAUUGAUGCACCUGGAAUGGCAACAUUAAUGAUUCCUUAUAGUCCAUUACCAAAAGAUAUUAUAGAAAUAGAAGAUCUUAAUAUUAAAGGUCGAAGAUAUGGUGGUAAAAUUGCUGAAUGGUUUUCGACAUUUCUAGAAAAACCAGACUUAGAUUUAAUUUAUUUUGAUGAACAAUUUGAACCACAACAUACAAAAAAUAUUGAACCAGAAUUUCCAAAUGAAGCACUUGAUUCAGAUGUCGUAAUAUAUCACGAUAUGAGUCCAUUUCAUUUAGGUUCAUUAGAAUCAAUCGAUGAUCUUAAUAAACGAUUAACAAAUCCAAUUAAAAUAUAUAAUUUUCGACCAAAUAUUAUUGUUAGUGGUGUUGAUAAACCAUAUGGCGAAGUAGAAUA